CCCAGGCUACCCUUCACCACGAGAAAAGGGAUGACCAAGCCCUAUGCCAAGGCCAAAGAGAUGGCUGAGCUCAUAUCUUCUCAGGCAUGGAUGGACGAAGCCCUGAGCUCCCAGGAUGAGAUGAAGGAGGAAGACAGCCGACAAGCUUCCUACAAUAUCCUUGCAGGCAUGAACGAAGACCAUGACAGCAUUGAGGAAGAAGAAGAGGAAGAAGAUGGUGGGAAGCCAAAGAGAAGGGGGCCAAAGAAGAAGAAGAUGACUAAGGCAAGGCUGGAGCGGUUCAGGGCUCGGAGGGUCAAAGCCAACGCUCGGGAGCGAACACGAAUGCACGGUCUCAACGAUGCUCUGGAUAACCUUCGGCGGGUGAUGCCCUGCUACUCCAAAACGCAGAAACUGUCCAAAAUCGAGACCUUGAGACUAGCCAGGAACUAUAUUUGGGCUUUGUCCGAGGUGCUGGAGAGUGGGCAGACACCAGAAGGGAAAGGUUUUGUGGAUAUGCUCUGUAAAGGUUUGUCCCAACCCACCAGCAACCUGGUUGCCGGUUGCCUGCAGCUGGGGCCUCAGUCUUUGUUCCUGGAGAAAGGGGAGGAAAAAAACUCCACUUCUGACUCAGGGGUGCCCAGCCACAGUUUCUCCUACCAGUCCCCUGGGCUGCCCAGCCCUCCCUAUGGAAACAUGGAGACACAUGUGGUCCAUCUCAAGCCCCCCACAUUCAAAAGCCUGGUGGACCCUUCUUUCGGCAACCACCACCAAGACUGCACAUCUCCUCCAUAUGAGGGUCCCCUGACCCCCCCACUGAGCAUCAGUGGGAACUUCUCUCUAAAGCAAGAUGGGUCUCCAGACCUGGAAAAAUCCUACAGCUUCAUGGCCCACUACCCGUCUGUCAGUCUGGGCAGUUCUCAUGGACAUACCUCCCAUUUCUCAACCACAAUGCCCAGGUAUGACAUCCCCAUCGAUAUGACUUACGACUCUUAUCCUCAUCAUGUGGUUGGAGCCCAGCUCAAUGCAAUAUUCAGUGAAUAACCUAAGGAGUUUAAAUGGCUGUGGAGUAAAGGACGAUGAUGCCUUAUAGUUACGUUGGUGUCAUCCAUAGAGUUGUGGAAGGAAGGAUUCCACCUGCUCCAAUGGUAUCCGAAGAUAAAGUCUGGACUGUUUUCAGAGGAAGCCCUUUGGGAAGUGCCCCCCACCCUGACAUACCCCAUUUCUUAUGAGCCUGAAUAUAUUUCAGCGGUGCUGAUCUGGGGGCUUUUGAACGGGUGUCAAUUCUUCAAGAAUAUCUCAAUAUUUUCUCACUGGUUUGUCAUUUAGGAUGAAGACAUGUAACAUUUAUAGACCUGUGGGGCUUGUUUGUAAACACCAUCGCCACACUGAGUAUCUUUUCAGGAUCACAAUCAUUCAGUC